AUUAAUCGAAAGAAUUAAGACGGACCAGGUGGGACUGGUAAAUGCUUGUUCAGUAAUUAUAAAAGUUAUAUCGUUGGGUAGGGAUUGACGAAUCGAACCCAACGGCGCAAUCGCCGCCAACCCCUUUUGCUUCUCCUGUUCUUUGAUCAGCAACCAGAACCAGACCAACGCCCUUCUCCUCCUAUCCGACUCAACGACGAGGCAGAGAGAAGGAAUUUGAGUGAAGCAACGAUGAACCAGUGGACCCCUUCCGGCGACGAGCUUAGGUAGACACGAUGUGGGACGUGGAUGAGCGAAUCCGGCAAUCUCUAAGAGCAGUGGAACCAGCGGCGAGAGUUGAGCCAGCAAAAUCUGGCGUGGUCAGCAUCGGGGAGAAGGGAAACGGGCGACCUUCACCUUCGCCGGAGAUCUUUCGAUCGGACACAGGGGCGCUUUUGACAAGCUCCACCAGCAAUGAAGAUAGCAGCAGCGAGAAGAGCGGGCGAACGACCUCCAUCUUUUCCGGCGAAACAGCGGGGAGUCCGGCGAAGAAUCCGGUGGCGUGCCUCUGCUCCGGUGAAAAUAGCAGCGACGGCGUCUGGGCAGCGACUCCGGCAAUGUUUCGAGCAGAAACUAGCUGAUUUGGACAGUGGCUCCGACCUUGGUGACCUCUAGGAGCAACGACGAUCACCCACUGACACCCCGACAGGUUCGGGCAGCUGGUUGGGUC